AUGGCAACAUCCUCCAACAACCCAGCCCUCAACUCGCGCUACGGCCUCGGCCGCCCAGCCCCUCAAAACCCACAGCAACAACAAUCCACCUUCGCGAACCCCGCAGGUUCUUUCCCGCACACGACCAAGAACGCGCAGCGCCUCGAAUCCGAAAGGCUAGAGCGCGAGCGCAAAGCGCGCGAAGAGCGCGAAAGGAUGGACGCGGCCGCGCAAAAUAGUCUUGCCGAGCUGUCCGAGGAGCAACGAGAGGAAAUUAUUGAAGCGUUCAACCUAUUCGAUUUGGAUAAAGAUGGGUAUAUUGACUACCACGAGUUGAAGGUGGCAAUGAAGGCAUUGGGGUUUGAUUUGCCGAAAACAGAGAUUUUGGGGGUCCUGCAGACACAUGGCGUAAAAACACAGCAGCAACAGCAAGGCAAAGGGAAGGCUCCUGCUGGCAGUGGCGCGCAGUAUCAGUCGCCGCCGAGGUUGCUGCUGUCUUUCCCAACGUUUCAAACGUUGAUGGCUCAGAAGAUAAGCACUCGUGAUCCUGUGGAGGAGAUUAUACGAGCGUUUCGACUGUUUGACGAGGGCGGCAAGGGGAGGAUCACACUGCAGGAUCUUGAGAGGGUGGCUAAGGAAUUGGGUGAGGGUCUGCAGAGCGAUGAGCUUAUGGCUAUGAUUGAGGAGUUCGACAUGGAUGGGGACAACGCUAUUAGCGAGGAAGAGUUUAUUCAAAUAUGUCAGGGUUGAUGUGGGGCCUUGCUUUUUCUAAUUCUU